AUGAGGGAGGGGUCAGGGAGUGGCGUGGGGUCCCUGCAGACGGGGGUGGCGCGGGCACCGGGGUCGGGCGCUGUAGGGGGACCCAUCGCUGGCCGGCCCUGCAAUUCCCGAGGGUCGCGGCUUCCGGCCGGCGCCCGCGGCCCCCACCGUGCCGGCCAGAGGAGGCGGGGUGGUGGCUGCGCCUGCCGCCGCCGUGAGUCAGGCUUGGGCUGCAGCCGAGCGGCCGGCCUGGCGCUGCGGAGGGAGCGCAGGCAGCAGGGGAGGCAGCGGCGCCGCCAGCCCCGCGCCCCUCCCUGCCCGCCGCCCCGCGCGCUCCCCACAUCGAGGUUGAGCUGCUGGGACGCGCAGCGGCGGGACAGACAGCGACCCGCGGGACGGCGGAAGGACGCGCGGACCGAGGCGCAGGGGGAGAUGAUGCAGGGCACCAAGAUGGACCCUGCAGGGUGGGCAGGACCCAGCUCUUUCUUCCUCUCCCCCUCCAUCCAGGCCCAGGGCCCCCGCCAGUGCCCAGCUCCGCUGGGAGCCCCAGCCAGCACCACGGACGGCACCCAGGAAGCCCGAGUCCCCCUGGACGGGGCCUUCUGGAUUCCGAGGCCCCCGGCAGGUUCGCCCAAGGGCUGCUUUGCCUGUGUGUCCAAACCCCCUGCCCUGCAGGCUCCAGCGGUCCCCGCCCCUGAGCCCUCGGCCUCGCCCCCCAUGGCGCCCACUCUGUUCCCCAUGGAGUCCAAGAGCAGCAAGACGGACAGCGUGCGGGCCGCCGGCGCCCCCCAGGCCUGCAAGCACCUAGCGGAGAAGAAGACGAUGACGAACCCCACGACGGUCAUCGAGGUCUACCCAGACACCACCGAGGUGAACGACUACUACCUGUGGUCCAUCUUCAACUUCGUCUACCUCAACUUCUGCUGCCUGGGCUUCAUCGCCCUGGCCUACUCCCUCAAAGUUCGGGACAAGAAGCUUCUCAAUGACCUGAACGGAGCGGUGGAAGAUGCCAAGACAGCCCGGCUAUUCAACAUCACCAGCUCCGCCCUGGCGGCCUCCUGCCUCAUCCUAGUCUUCAUCUUCCUGCGGUACCCGCUGACCGACUACUGAGGCCCCGACACGCACCGCCGGCUGUGGAGACACAGAGCUGAGACCGGUUCAUUUUCAUAAUGGACACGAGGCUGGAUGCUGCGCGGUUGGGGGAGAGCAGGGCAUCUGCCCUGGGGGCCCCCUGAGGCUGUGAACUGGGCACAAGGCCAUCAGAAGCUCCGUACAGUAAGAGGGCAGUGAGCUUCGUGCUGGCCCACCCCUCUGCCUCCUGGCCCUCUGCCUGGCCUGUUUCUGGGGUGCAUGGGUUUCUUCCUGUGCUGCUGCACCCCAGCUUCCAGUAGCUGCCCUCCCUACCCUCCUGUGCCCCCGCCCACGCUCCUGGCGCCCCUCAGACCUCACCCCCAGCAAGAAGGGCUUCUGUGGGAGCUUCCCAGGAUGGGCCGGCUGCCAGCAUCUGGGGACUCACUCUGUCCUUCCCAACCCUGCCUCCUCCAUGCUGUGACCCUGCUCAGAGCUCUUGUAUCUGUGAACUUUCAAUAAAAUACCUGUC